AUGCUGGAAGGGAUUCUCAAGGAACCAGCUCUAAAAGGCCUUUUCAGCAGUCUGUUAAUCAAUAUGCACCCCAACAACAAACAAGGAAUUCAAACUAGGGUCAAUAUUAUCAAGGGCCACAACAGCAACAAAAUCAACAAAGGAGGAUACAGUCUGCUAAGCCAGCAUAGUUGGCCAAAGCUUCAAUUAUGUCAAACCCAGUCUGUACUCAAUGUGGCCGGUUUCACCAAGGAGAAUAAGAAGACCAUUGUUCCGGAUAGAGUGUUCGCAAUGAAUCAAGAAAAAGCAGACCCAAAUUCUACCAUCAUUACGGGUAAUCUUUUAAUUGGCAACACCUUAGCUAAUACUUUAAUUGAUACUGGUGCAACACAUUAUUUUGUUUCUGCCAACUUUGUUCAAAAAUCAGGUUUGAGACCUGAUGAAACUAAGACUGUGUAUAAUAUUUCUCUACCAUCAGGAACAAGUUUGAACACUAAUAAGUAUAUUAGGGUCUGUAAGGCACAUAUUCAAAAGCACAAGAUGCUAGUAAAUCUUGUGGUAGUAGAAAUGGAUGGUUUUGAUGUCAUUUUAGGAAUGUUCAGAGGAACACCUCCACCCAAUCCUUCCUUUAAAACUCAACAGCCACUUCCAUCGGGGAUUCCAAUAGUGUUGGCUACUUCUUAUGCUAUACUAGGAGUUCAGCUACCAAGAGUAGAGGACAUCAAAGUUGUAAGAAACUUUCCUAGUGUGUUUCUUGAAGACAUCAAUGGUUUACCACCAUUAAGAGAGGUAGAGUUUGGCAUCAUGUUGAAGGAGGGAACACUUCCAAUUUCAAAGGCACCUUAUAGGUUAGCACCCACGGAGUUGAAGUAG